AUGGAUUGUCAGCAGGUUACCCUUCUUGUUCUUCUGGACCUUAGUGCAGCGUUCGAUACUGUCGAUCACAGCAUUUUAUUGCACCGAUUGGAAACAUCUUUUGGGAUUACAGGAACUGUGCGAAAGUGGUUUGAAUCCUACUUAUCUGGACGAUGUCAGCGAAUAGCAUUUAAAGAUGGAAUCUCUGACAUUUUUCCAUUAACGUGUGGCGUACCUCACGGCUCAUGUUUGGGACCGCUGCUUUUUACCAUGUAUGCAAGUAAACUAUUUGAUGUUAUUAAAGAACAUUUACCAACUGCGCAUGCAUAUGCUGAUGGCACGCAGCUUUAUUUGUCGGUUAAACCAGGUAACGGUGCGAGUGAGGAAGAGAGUAUCGCAGCGAUGGAGACAUGCAUUAAGGCAGUACGUACGUGGAUGACUAAGGACAAAUUGAAACUGAAUGAUAGUAAGACUGAGUUUUUGAUUAUCGGUACAAGGCAACAAUUAAAAAAAGUGAACAUUGUCUCGCUUCCUGUAGGCGAUGUCAACAUUACACCGGUAGCAUCUGCUAGGAACUUGGGGACUGUGUUUGAUAGCAAUCUGUGUUUGGUACCCCCAUAUCAACAAUACAUGUAG